GGAGUAUUUUAAUAAACCCUACAUUACGAAGGUACCUUCUUAUACACACAAUAAGUGCCUCUUGUUAAUGAAAGUACCUUCUUCCCUCUCGUCGACGUUAAGCAAUUCUCCAUGGCUAAUGCUUUCUCCGAAAGACGGUGGUUGUAUGCUGUACAAUCCGAAAGAAGGCAAGAUCGAAAGGAACUUGGUGGGAGACUUUCCAGGGUGUCGAUUCCUGGCAAACUCGGGUAACUGGUGGUUGGUGUUAGAUUCUGGAUCCAAUUUGUCUAUCGUAGACGUCUUUAGCAAGGAAACGAUCCAUCUUCCGUCUCUAGAGUCGAUUAGGUCAACUACUUGUUCUAUCAAGCGCGUGGGAGAUAAAAGAUUUUUAAGGCUAGAUAGAACCAAUAUUUUCGUUGAACAGGAUUAUGAUGCCAUGAGUUGUGAUGAUGUGAGGGGUCUUUUGUGGGUAGACGAGGGAGAAAAAGAUUACGUUGUGGUGUGGUUCUUCGACCACGAGUAUAACCACGAUUACGUAAGCUUUUGCAAGAAAGGGGAUACUCAUUACACCGACAUCCCUCUGUUUUACCCAGACAACCACUGGUUUAAAGGCUUAUCCGAGAUGGUGCUACGGGGUUACACUCUUUAUAUCACAACGAGUCGUCGUUUUGUUCGAGUCGUGGAUCUGUCUGGUUCUUCCUUCAGGGAGACUACCAGGCCGUUCCCAAUGCUUUCAUGUUAUGAAACAUGCGAUUCUAGCAUUGCGGUAACGACAUCAGGAGAAGUUUUGUUGGUUGAGAGUGAUCCGUGGAAUAGGAGCUGGUUCCGCGUCUACAAGAAGGAUCCUGAUUUAAAAAAUCCAGAUUCCUCCUGCCAUACGGUUCUUGAGGUAGAUUCUCUUGGUGGUGAGGCCCUGCUUCUUGACUUGGGUUUCACGGUGCCUGCUAACGUUGCCCUUGGUAUCGAACCAGACUCCAUCUAUUUCACCCGUCACUACCGUCCCAGCCAUUGGAGUGGUCGUGGCCUUGACAUCUGCGUGUACAAUCUUGUAAGCAAAUCCUUCAAACGCUUUUCUGAUGUUGACGUCAAGGGUCUCACGGAUGCUCGAUGGUUUCUCCCUGGGAUUUAGUUCUUGCCGUUUGGUCUUUUAGUUUCCUUUUAUUUAUGCUUCUGAAUAAAAAGACUUGCUUCCCUCUGUUGAAUCAUCAACUGGACAUUUAAAAUUUCUUCUAUUAAAAGUACUAGGAUUGGGAACCCCCGCGGUCCGCGGAGGAAAACGAUAUUAAAAUUUAAA